AUGGAGCCCAAGGCCGGCGAUGCGAACCCCGUGCAGCGCUUCCGCGUUGUGCUGAGUGACAUUCGCAAUUUCAUCCAGACCAUGAUUGCUACCACCGCGAACGAUAUUGUCACGUCUGGGCAACUGAAGAAGGGUUCAAUUGUGAGACUUGUCAAGUACAACCCACAACAAGUCAAGGACAAGAACAUCCUCAUCAUCAUGGAACUCGAAGUCCUUUCACAGUAUGGCGAACUGGACAAGAUCGGCCAGCCAGAAGCGCUAGACACGAAAUCCGACCCUCCUCAGCCUGCUGCAAUCUCGGGCAACAACUUCUACGGCUCAAAGCAGCCACCAGCACCUCAGCCGCAACGCAAUCUCCCUGUUCACCAGAGUAACCCCGCAACAUCCUCGCAUCCGCAUCUGUACCCCAUCGAGUCGCUAUCGCCAUACGCACACAAGUGGACCAUUCGUGCACGAUGCACCAACAAGAGUGACAUGAAGGAAUGGCACAAUGCAAAAGGCACCGGCAAGCUUUUCAGCGUAAACUUGCUCGACGACACUGGCGAAAUUCGAGCCACAGCCUUUACUGAAGCUGCUGAGAAGCUGUUUCCUGUUUUCGAGGUAGGUACGGUCUACUACAUCUCCGCGCCAUGCAGAGUCACACUUGCGAAGAAGCAAUUCUCAAACUUACCAAACGACUACGAGCUGCAAUUUGAGAAGGAUACCGAAGUGGAGAAGGCUGAAGACCAGGACAACAAACCUCAGAUCCGCUUCAACUUCACCAAGAUUGGUGAUCUCAACUCAGUUGAGAAGGACACGACGAUCGACACAGUCGGUGUUCUCAAGGAGGUCGCUGAAGUCAACACGAUUACGUCGAAGAACACAAACAAGGACUUCAGCAAGCGCGAGUUGACGUUGGCAGACGACAGUCAGACAUCGGUGCGUCUCACCAUUUGGGGCAAGACGGCUGAAACCUUCGACGCCCCGCUGGAAUCAAUUAUUGCAUUCAAGGGCGUCAAAGUCUCUGAUUUCGGUGGGCGGAGUCUGAGUCUGUUGAGCUCUGGCUCGAUGAUGGUCGAUCCUGAUAUCGACGAGGCACACAAGCUCCGAGGAUGGUUCAACGCUGUUGGCCAAAAUGCCACCUUCUCCACACACCAGAAUAUGGCCGGAGCGUCUGGUGGCUCUUCGAAGAACGAGAACAAACUCAUCUCACAGUGUAUCGAGGAAGAGACCUACUUGCAAGACACACCUUCCUACAUGAGCUUGAAAGCGUCUGUCGUGUACGUCAAGAACACCACAGUUGCUUAUCCGGCAUGUUCCACAGCCGGCUGCAACAAGAAGGUCAUCGAAGAGAAUCCAGGCUCCUGGUGGUGUGAGAAAUGCCAACAGAGUUUCCCGGAGCCUAACUACCGCUACGUGCUGAGCGUCAAUGUUGCUGAUCACACCGGCACACUCUGGCUCAGCUGUUUCGACGAAGCUGGCCAGAGUAUCGUUGGCAUGUCCGCAAAUGAAGCUAUGAAGAUCAAGGUGGAUGACGAGGAGAACAAUACGCAGAACUUCAUGACUGCCAUGCAGGAAGCAACCUGCAAGACAUUCAACUUUCGGGUACGAGCGAAAAUGGAGACGUACCAGGAUCAGCCCAAGCCUCGCUAUCAAGUCAUGAACAUGUAUCCGCUCAACUACGCACAAGAAGCGAACAAGCUCGCCCAGCUCAUCAAACAGUACGAUACAAACGAGGACAGCUUGUUUGUGAACUAGU